CCCCUCACCCCGGCCUCUUCCAGCACUACCACAAUGUACUGUUCAUCCACCUCCCUCUCCAUCUCUUUCUAGCUGCCUGCUGGCUCCCAAGGAUGACUUGACCACCUGAGCAUCAGAGCAUGCAUAGCAUUCUUGGUCAUGGUGUUGUUGGAUGGAUGAUUGGAUCGUUGGAUCGGAAGAGUACGUACUAGCUAAGAACUGCCGAGAUUCUAGCACACGCAUGCAUCCAUAAGCUUACACGCUACAGAGAGUACUAGAUCCGACGCUGCACAUUCAGCUGCGUUGAUGGAUCACCGCCACCUUCACAUGAUCCCGGGCCAAGAACCCUCGUCGGCGGACGGCGCCUUCCCGGACAGCUUCUUCCUCGGCCCAGCCGCGGCCGUCAUCUUCUCCGGCGGCGCCGGGGCGUCGGGAGCUUGCUCGUCGUCGUCGGACGCCAGGGCCUUUGUGUCCUCGGCGGGUCGAGGCGGUCCUUCGCCUUCGAGCUCCUCGCUGUCGCUGAGCCGGUACGAGUCGCAGAAGCGCCGGGACUGGAACACGUUCGGGCAGUACCUGCGCAACCACCGGCCGCCCCUGUCGUUGUCCCGGUGCAGCGGCGCACACGUGCUAGAGUUCCUCAAGUAUAUGGAUCAGUUCGGCAAGACCAAGGUGCACACGCCGGUGUGCCCCUUCUACGGCCACCCCAACCCGCCGGCGCCGUGUCCAUGCCCGCUGCGCCAGGCGUGGGGCUCCCUCGACGCUCUCAUCGGCCGCCUCCGCGCCGCCUACGAGGAGAAUGGCGGCACGCCCGAGAUGAACCCCUUCGGCGCGCGCGCCGUCCGGCUCUACCUGCGCGAGGUGCGCGAGACACAGGCGCGGGCCCGGGGGAUCAGCUACGAGAAGAAGAGGCGCAGGAAGCCGUCGUCGGUGUCUGCCGCGGCGGCGGGGCUGUCGUCCGAGGGGAGCCCUCCUCCCGGACCGUCCGGUGGCGGAGGGCCCGACACGUCGGCGGCGCCGCAGUUCAUCAUGCCGUGA